AUGGGAUGGUUGUUCCACAUAUUUGCCAAAUAUUAUUUGGGAAUCAAGGCUAUGUAUUCUACUCAUCCCCCCCCCCUCGGAGGGUCAUUAGGCAACAAGCAAGGAACCGACAUCAAAGGCGGCGGCCGUCAUUGGUUUGAUUUUCUAAUCAUGAGAGGUUCGACAGGGAAGAUACUCAUGAGGACGAUAAAGUAUGGUGCCAUUGUCGGUGGUACAGCUAUAGGAGGCACCUCUGCAUACAUAUACUUCACUACACCUAGCCCCAUUCCCGCGAGUGCUUAUCGGAAAACAGUACCACAGUUUGAUCGCAGAAAGUCGUUGGAAAAGUUAUGCCGAGAUGAAUUCGAUAUUAUUGUAGUAGGAGGAGGAGCGACAGGAUCAUCCAUAGCACUGGAUGGAGCCUCUAGAGGCCUAAAAGUAGCGUUACUCGAGCGUAAUGAUUUUGGCUCUGGUACCAGCAGUCGAAGUACCAAGCUUCUGCAUGGCGGAAUUGGUUACCUGAAAUCGGCGUUACUGGGGAUGGAUCUGCAAAUGUUGAGGAUGAUUUAUCAAUCGGUGCGGGAAAGAGCUCACAUGCUGUAUGCGGCACCUUAUCUAUCCCAACCCUUACCGAUAUUGCUACCAUCCUUCUACCCAAUGGAAGCGAUUCAAAGAUGGCUAGGCGUUAAACUGUUCGAUACUAUGGCGAAAGUCAUGACGGUUUUCAACACAGGAGUGCCCAAUUCGUAUUGGAUAAGCAAGUCCAAUACAAAAUUCAUGUUCCCUUUGAUGAAGAGCGAAGGUUUACUCGGUAGUAUGCUGUAUUACGAUGGUCAACUGAACGACUCUAGGAUGGAUCUUGCCAUUGCCAUGACGGCUACGGUGGAUGGUUACAUUGAUGGAUGGGUACCAGCUACUGUAGUGAACCAUGCUACAGUAGAACAUGUGAGGAAGAAUGCUCAAGGGCUUUGUGAUGGCGUCCAAGUUAAGGACGAGCUGAGUGGUGAUACAUUCGAAGUAACAGGCAAGAUAGUGAUCAACGCGACUGGAGCUAGGGCCGACUUCCUCCGGAGGGAUGUAGACCCUGAUGCUGAUCCUAAGAUAGCAGUCAACGCUGGAGCUCAUAUCAUAUUACCCAAAUCGUAUGCUCCCCGACCAUAUGGCAUGCUCAUCCCAUCGACUAGCAAGAGCCAUACCACACUUUGUUACUUCCCCUGGGAAAGCAAUACUCUCGUCGGCGCUGUUAAUCACAGUGCUGACUUGACCGACUCCCAACCACACCCAUCGGUAGAGGCCCUAGAUGUUAUUCUAGACGAGAGCACAGAGUAUCUGAAUGUGAACAGAGAGGAUCUUAUCCAAGAUACGCAAGCUGCUUGGAGCGGAAUAAGACAGCUGAGUUGUGAUCCCAACGACUCUCGUUUCGGCAAGGAUUUCCGCGGUCAUCAAAUUGUUGUAGACCGCCGGUCUGGCCUUGUGAGCAUAUUCGGAGGCAACUGGACUACAUGCCGGUUGAUGGCAGAAGAAUGUGUUGACAAGGCACUGUCCUUGCACAAGAAGGAUGUUUCUGUGAAGUACCCUUGCCGCACGUAUAAGUUGAGACUUAUAGGCAGCCAAGAUCCGAGGUUCCCAUCGUGGCAUGCAGAUUCAUCACUUCGAGUGAAAACGAUGGCAAUGGAGUUGCACAGAGAGUAUGCAGUCGAUGUGGAUGGUGCGACCCAUCUAGCUACGACCUACGGCGCGUUAGCCCCUGCGGUAUGUGAGUUCGGACAGAAAACCGAUAGUCUGUAUCCAUUGCUACCGAAUCAGUCGUACUUGCGAACUGAAGUGCUAGUGGCAUGUGAUCAAGAGAUGGCGGAGUCGGUCAUUGACGUCAUCGCCAAUCGCACAAGGAUGGCGUUUGUUGACCCUGUUGGCACUCUAGCGAUUCUCCCCGAUAUUGUCCAAAUGGUAGGAGACCGAAAGGGAUGGAACACAGCGAAGCGGGAGGCCGAGGACGAUAAGGCGAGGAAAUUUUUAGCCAAGAUGACCUAUGGCAAUCACACAGCAGCUGAAACGCCGAUACCAGCGAGCCACCAGGAUUCCCCUACCAGCGAGUAGAGAUAGAAUAGUUGUUAAAACUCAGUUGCUGUCAA